AUGUUCUUCCAACGCACAGCUAUCGCCCUUUCGAGGCGCGCCCCUGUCCGGGCUCUCUCUGUCCGCCCAUUCUCCUCCUCUAUCGUCCGCUCCAACCAGAACAAGUGGCAGCCCAAGCAGGAGGGCAAGAUUCUUCCCUUCGAAGAAAUCAAGACCGAAGAAGACUUGAUUCCCCCUGGUGCCAAAUCCGGUUCCAUUCCUACCGAUAUUGAGCAGGCUACCGGUCUUGAGCGUCUCGAACUUAUCGGAAAGAUGCAGGGUAUUGACAUCUUCGACAUGAGGCCUCUUGAUGCUUCCAGAAAGGGAACGCUCGAUAACCCCAUCAUCGUCAACGGUGCCGGUGACGAGCAAUACGCUGGUUGCACUGGUUUCCCUGCCGACUCCCACCAGGUUAACUGGCUCACUGUCUCUCGCGAGCGUCCUCUCGAGCGCUGCAGCGAGUGCGGUAACGUCGUCAAGCUCAACUACGUCGGUCCCCUUGACGACCCUCACUCUCACGACCACGGCCACGACGACCACGGUCACGGUCACCACCCUCCCCACGAGGAGCCCAAGACUUUCGCCGACUAUGUCAAGCCCGAGUACUGGUACCGGUAA